GCUCUUUUUCUUUCCGCGAAGCGAACCCUCCUCGCAGCUCCUCCACUCUCCAUCUCUCCUCGCAGCUCGGCGGAGAGCCGGGGGCACCGCGAGCCUUCUCCCCGCGCUCGCCUCCUCCAGCUCGCUCGCUCGCUUGCCCGGCCGUCCGGCGAGCAGGCGCGGCGGCCUCUCCAUCGUCCCCCCGCCCCUAGACUUCUCUCCUGUCUCCCUCGCGAGCGAGCACGGCCGGAGCGUCGGCGACCAGGUUCGGCGACGCGGCAGCGGCAGGGCGUCAUCAUUCCACCGGCUUCCUCCCUUCUCGAAUUGGAGGUAAUUGCCCUCUGGGGAACUGUGUGAGGGCACAAGGAAUUGUGGAGCGGCUCUUGAAGCUGAGGUUUUGUUUUGCUGGAGGAUGGCGGAAGGUGCUAAAUUCCAUGGGCUCGUUGGCGCCAUGGGCGUGCAUGAUGUUGGUGGGAACUUUUGUGAAAUGGGGUACUACCAGAAGCUAGGGGAGGACUCCAACAUGUCGGUUGAUAGCCUUAACAGCAUGCAGACAAGCAUGCAUGGUGGUUCGGUUGCAAUGUCCGUGGACAACAGCAGUGUUGCAUCUAGUGAUUCUCGUACCGCGAUGCUUAAUCACCCUGGCCUCAGGGGUCCAGUCAUUGUGUCUAGUUAUUCUGUUGGGAACAGCAUUUUCCGUCCUGGCCGGGUGUCGCAUGCCUUAAGUGAGGAUGCAUUGGCACAGGCUUUAAUGGACUCUAGGUUUCCCACUGAGACACUCAAGGAUUACGAUGAUUGGACCAUUGAUUUGGGGAAGCUGCACUUAGGAAUGCCAUUUGCACAAGGUGCCUUUGGGAAGCUCUAUAGAGGAACCUAUAAUGGAGGCGACGUUGCAAUUAAGCUUUUGGAGAGGCCAGAGGCUGACCCUGAGAAAGCUCGGUUGUUGGAGCAGCAAUUUGUGCAAGAAGUUAUGAUGCUUGCAACUUUGAGGCACCCAAAUAUUGUCAAGUUUGUUGGUGCCUGCAGGAAGCCAAUGGUUUGGUGUAUUGUGACAGAGUAUGCAAAGGGUGGAUCUGUUAGGAAUUUCUUGAAUAGAAGGCAGAAUAGGUCUGUUCCACUGAAGCUUGCUGUGAAACAAGCAUUAGAUGUUGCACGUGGCAUGGCAUAUGUUCAUGGCCUUGGAUUUAUUCACAGAGAUCUUAAGUCUGACAACUUAUUGAUUUCUGGAGACAAAUCUAUCAAGAUUGCUGACUUUGGGGUGGCUAGGAUUGAAGUGAAGACCGAGGGAAUGACACCUGAAACCGGAACUUACCGCUGGAUGGCUCCUGAGGUGAUCCAGCACAGACCAUAUGACCAAAAAGUUGAUGUCUACAGUUUUGGCAUAGUCCUGUGGGAGCUAGUAACUGGGAACCUGCCUUUUGCGAACAUGACAGCGGUGCAAGCUGCAUUUGCUGUGGUUAACAAGGGCGUCCGUCCAGCCAUACCCCAUGACUGCCUCCCUGCCCUUGCCGAGAUCAUGACCAGAUGCUGGGAUGCAAAUCCUGAUGCCCGCCCUCCAUUCACUGAGGUUGUCAGGAUGCUGGAGCAAGUGGAGAUGGAGGUCAUUAACACUGUCCGGAAGGCCCGCUUCCGGUGUUGCAUCUCCCAGCCAAUGACCCUAGACUGAGAGCCAGGAUCCAGGGUGGAAAAGGCGGCCUCAAGAAAAGUUAAAUCCUGUGUACCUAUCAUAUUAAUAGGUCUGUUCUGCAGAAGCUGAAAGCCCAAGCUGAGUGUACAUGUAUACUCGGCAGCCGUGCGUUCUCUUCGUUUACCCUAGACAAUACCUAGUACCUACUAUCAGACUGGAAUGUAUUAGCGGUAGCUUUUUAUCCUUGACAAAAACAUCAUGCAGGGCACUUGUUGUAACAACUGCAUGUUCCUGCUGUCUGUUAUCUGUUGUAAUCAUCCUGCUGGAACAUGUGCAAGGCUGCAAGGCUUGAUGCUUAAUAGUAUAUAGCAUGUAUAAUUACCUGGCAUGUGU